AUGGAGUCCGCAGCAGAGGAUCGUUCAACUCUUUCAACCCCAUCCCAGGACAAUGUAACGACCAUAAUUGGGACACAAAAACCAACUUUCAUCAAUCAUCCAUCAUCAAUUCUUCUAAAUCAGGCACCGCCACUCUUAUCACCAUUGCAAUCCGGAUCCGCCACACCACAGACUGCUACAGCGAGCGGAACUGCAACGGUUACAGAAACCUCGAUUCGAAAUUCCCUUUCUCUUUCGUCCAGAUCGUACGGAAGCAGUUCAAUUUUAGAUGAGAUCAAACACGAAAUUAUGACGAACUAUCUAUUCCAACAGCAAUGCGGAAAAUUGUGGAUUAAGGAUGCGAGUGGAGAGCUUGAAGGCGUCCUCAUCAGGAAAAGGAGAGGCCAUUACCUAGCAUGCCCUCCAGCAUUGGCACAUUCAUCAUUUGCGUGUCACUGCUCAAUAAUGAACAUUCAGGUCGCAAUGACGGUCACGUCACGGAUUAUAUCAACUUUCCUGGCGUGGUCUCCAAAUGCCACAGAAGUCCCCUUGUCCAACGGGCUUCGCAUUCAAGUUCUCCCUACUCUCGAUGAUUUUCCUAAAGCACGAAAGAAUCAUUUCGCCGCUUUUAUUGCCGCAGAGGCAUUACUUAUCGUCUGGGAUGAUGACCCUCAAAACAUUAUGUCUCGUGUAACGUCAAUCGAAGAUGAGUUAAUGGACUUUGUUUGGAAGGCUGGCGAGCCAGAACCCGCCCAAGAAGCGGCCAAGAAAGAGCGUGUAAGGUUCGAUGAGGAAAGUGGAGAGCUAAAUUCAAAGGAACGACCCAUCCACAUAAUGAACUCCGUGCUUGUGGCAUGCACUCUAUGCCUCAUCAUAAUCAUGCUCGGGGCAGGGUCCAGACAGAUUGCAAUCCAAACGAUGGUUGAUAAGGGAUAUCUACGUCUUGCACUGCUCGCACUGGUCCCAAUCCAGGUUUUCUUCACUUUGUUUUUCGCCCAGGUUUUCGUGGGUUGCAUUGCUCAGUGCAUUGGACCCGUUCGCCAGAUGGCGGCAAACUCCCGCUUCUACUCCGCUAUGCCUCCUCGUCGACUCACUGAAAGACUUCCACACGUCACAAUCCAAUGCCCCGUCUAUAAAGAAGGUCUCUCGGCUGUCAUCGCGCCCACAAUCAGGUCUAUCAAGCAGGCAAUAUCGACAUACGAACUCCAAGGUGGUUCCGCCAACAUGUUCAUCAAUGACGAUGGUCUUCAGAUUCUAGAUCCAGUAGAACGACAAGCGCGGAUCGACUGUUAUGCGGACCAUGGCAUUGGAUGGACAGCAAGGCCUCAGCAUGGCUCCGGCGGGUUCGUCCGCAAGGGAAAAUUCAAAAAGGCUUCUAACAUGAAUUUCGGUCUAAAGCUGUCGAACAAAGUUGAAGCUAAGCUCGCAGAAGUUGCAAGGGGAGAAGACUGGAGUCAGUAUGAUGAGGCGCGGGAGUAUGAAAGAUGCCUUAAAGAAGUGUUACUCGAGGAUGAUCGCGCUUGGGCGGACGGUAACAUACGCGUCGGCGAUUACAUUCUGCUUAUCGACUCUGAUACAAGAGUCCCUGCGGAUUGUCUACUUGAUGCUUGUAGUGAAAUGGAACAGUCUCCUGAGGUUGGAAUCAUGCAGUUCUCAUCUGGCGUUAUGCAGGUCGUGAAUAAUUACUUCGAGGAUGGUAUCACAUUCUUUACUAAUCUCAUUUACACAGCAAUUAAGUACACUGUUUCUAACGGCGACGUUGCUCCUUUCGUCGGACAUAAUGCCGUACUGCGUUGGUCUGCCAUUCAGGAAGUAUCCUUCUUCGACGAAGAUGGUUACGAAAAGUUCUGGUCCGAGUCCCAUGUUUCGGAAGACUUCGACAUGUCGCUUCGCCUUCAAGUGAAUGGAUAUAUAAUUCGGCUCGCAUCAUGGGCUGGUGAAGGUUUCAAAGAAGGAGUCUCACUAACUGUCUAUGAUGAACUUGCCCGCUGGGAAAAAUAUGCAUAUGGUUGCAACGAGCUUUUAUUCUACCCAGUGAGGUUUUGGCUCGUCCGGGGGCCUUUCACGAAGCUGUUCCGCCAAUUUCUAUUUUCCAACAUCCGCUUCACUUCGAAGAUUACAAUCAUUUCUUACAUUGGCACAUAUUAUGCGAUAGGUGCGGCAUGGAUCAUGACCACAGCGAAUUAUUUCGCAGUAGGUUGGUUCAAUGCUUACCUUGACCAAUAUUACAUCGAUAGCUGGAAAGUUUGGUUCUCUAUCGUGAUCGUCUUCAAUGGCCUUGGUAACAUUGCGCUGGCCGUGAUGCGCUAUCGCAUUGGCACACAUUCAUUCAUUUCCGCACUUCUUGAAAACAUGAAGUGGAUUCUCAUGCUCGCAAUCUUCCUCGGCGGCCUCUCCCUCCACGUCUCUCAAGCGAUCGUUGCCCACAUGUUUGAGGUGGACAUGACAUGGGGCGCGACCUCCAAAGAAGCCGAGUUCUCAAAUUUCUUCCUCGAGGUACCCAAGGUUUUGAAAAGUUUCAAGUGGAGCAUAGCUUUCGCAUUGAUUGGAAUCGUGGUGAUGGUCACAUUCGCUGUCGCACCAUUCGUGCCAUAUUCGUGGCAUAUCAAGGAUUUCGUUGCUAUCUUACCGAUGGCGACAGUUACGGUUAGCCAUUUGUUGCUACCGAUUGCUUUGAACCCAGCCCUGAUGACCUUCUCAUGGUAG